CUCUCGUUGGAGCAAGGUGAAAUAAAAUUGCGAGAAAAAUUCUGAGAUUUAUUCAAAAACAAAAAAAAAAAAAAUAAAAGACCUCAAUAUGGAUCUCACAACCCUGCUGAUGACCGCGGUCAUCCUGCUACUCAUGUAUGUGGGCUAUUUGCUGCACAAACGCUAUACCUACUGGGAGUCGCAGGGUAUAGCCUGUGACAAACCCAAUUGGCUGCUGGGCAGCCUCAGUGGAGCCAUGACCUCGAAAACCGUCGAACAAAUCCUAAGGGAGUACUAUGAAAAAUACAAAAAUUCUGGACCCUUUGUGGGCUUCUAUUGGUUCACCAAACCGGCAGCGUUUGUCACCGAUCCCCAGUUGCUGAAGCAAAUACUCAUCAAGGAUUUCUCCAAAUUCACCGAUCGUGGUUUGUACUGUAACGAAGAGGAUGAUCCCCUGUCGGGACAUCUCUUCAAUUUGGAUGGCAACAAAUGGAGGCAUAUGCGCACCAAAUUAACUCCCACCUUUACCUCGGGCAAAAUGAAGGGUAUGUUCCCAUUCGUCACAAAGCUGGGGCAAGACAUGGUUGAUGUGGUCGAGGAGAGAAUCACCACAGAUCCUGAUAUAGAUGUCAAAGAUUUGGCGGCAUGUUUUACCAUCGAUGUCAUUGGCAGCUGUGCCUUUGGCCUGGAAAUGAACUGUUUGAAGGGGAAAAAUCCCGAAUUUCGCAACAUGUGUCGUCGCGCUUUCGUGGUACAACGUUAUGGCGUUUUGGGUCUGGCCCUGCGUUUUGGCUUCCCCGAAUUAGCUCAUUAUUUGCGAAUAACCGAAACCAUGCCCGAUGUGGAGAAAUUCUUUAUGGACAUUGUCAGGGACACCAUGGAAAUGCGUGAGAAGAACAAUAUCAAACGGAACGAUUUCAUGGAAAUGUUGAUCGACAUGAAGAACAACAGGCUGAUGAAGAGUGAGGAUGGCGAAGAGUUGACCAACUUGACAUUUGGUCAGGUAGCGGCCCAGGCAUUUGUUUUUAUUUUGGCUGGCUUUGAGACUUCAUCGACGACAAUGAGUUUUGCUCUGUAUGAGCUGGCCCAGAAUCAGGAGUUCCAGGAUCGGGCAAGAGAGGAAAUUGUGUCGGUAUUGGAGAGACAUAAGGAGUUCAGCUAUGAGUGCUUGAAGGAAAUGGUGUACUUGGAUCAGGUUAUGCAAGAAACCCUUCGUCUCUACACCAUUGUGGUCUUCCUAAAUCGCCAAGCUGUCGAAGACUACCCGGUGCCGGGCAACAGCAAGUUGGUGAUUAAAAAGGAUAUGCCCGUUAUUAUCCCCGCCGGUGCCAUACAUCGCGAUGAGCGUUAUUUCCCCCAACCCAAUGUCUUCAAUCCGGACAAUUUUGCAGCCGAAAAGGUGGCGGCUCGUGAUUCGGUGCUGAAUUUAUCCUUUGGUGAUGGUCCACGCACCUGUAUUGGCAUGCGUUUUGGAAAAAUGCAAACCAUGAUUGGAUUGGCGUUGCUGUUGAAAAAUUUCAAAUUCUCUGUGUGUGAUAAGACGCAAAUUCCCGUAAAAUUGGAUAAGACAAAUUUCUUAGUGUCCGCAGAGGGCGCAGUCUUUUUGAAGGUGGAGAAAAUAUAACGAUAGAGAUUGAAUAAAUUAUAUAUGAAAAAUAUA